CUGCACUAAGGAUUGGAAGUUUGGGACGGUUCAUCGUGCUGGCAACAACCUCACUUCGCUAAGUUCCCCCGGCUGCAAUGCUGUCGAUAUCCGUGCUUCUCAGUUUUGCGCUCGCAGUCGCCGCUCACGAACACCAUGACGAACUCUCUGAGGAAGCUGCGAACGCCCCUGUCGACACCAUCCUCUGGAUCCACAUUGUUCUACAGGCUGCUGUAUGGGGCGUCUUAUUUCCCAUAGGAAUGGUAUUCGGUAUUACGCGCAGUCGAUGGCACGUCCCCCUCCAAAGCGCAGGAUAUGCACUGACUCUUGGAGGUUACUUCCUCGGACAUGCCCAUAAGGGCCGCCAAUUUCUUCCGUCGGCACACGAAAAAUUCGGCUCCAUUCUCUUCAUUCCUAUCCUUGCCCAGCUUGCCCUCGGGAUUUACCUCAAGUUGCACAUCCACGAGCAUACACUGCGUCCAUAUGCCGUGCGCGCUCAUGGCAUCGUCGGUAAGGCUUUCCCGAUAUUUGGAUGGGUGCAGAUGCUCUUCGGCGCGAUCGCGUUCAGAGGGUAUUGCCGCGGAGGGAACCUUGGCCAGUGUUUGGCUCACUACAUCAUGGGCGGAGGAUUCAUCUCGUACGGUAUCAUUAUGGCUAUCAUGCUAAUUGUCGGGGAGACGUGGAUCAGACGGAGCGGCCGAAGCCCUGAGUGGUGGGAUUCCUGGGUCAUCCUACUUUGGGUAAGCGUUAACACCUUCACGGAACAUCGCGGGCUGGUAUGGUCCGUGAAGGACAUGCAACAUACCAUCUUGGGCAUCUUAUGGUGGUGCGGUGGUAUCCUUGGUGUUUUCCUCGCGCGCAACAAUCAGCGAACCGUUGUACCAUCCGUCAUCAUCAUCCUCACGGGCUUCGCGAUGGCCGACCACCCACAAGCCCUCAUGAUCUCGACACGAGUGCACGCCAUCUUCGGGUACACAUUGAUGCUCGCGGGGUUCGCGCGCAUCGUCGAGGUGUGCUUCGUUAUGCCGCACUUCGCGCCUGUGCCUGGGGCUGCUGCGGUGACAGGCACGGUGCAGUUGGAGGACGAUCAGAGCGAGCAUACACUUGCUGAUGGGAACGUUAUCGAGGAAGGUCAGCCCAAGGGGAGGGCGUUCAGGCAUCUGCCACCAUUCCUUCUCGUAUCUGCCGGUCUUCUGUUCAUGUCCGCGACAGACGAAGAGCUUGACUUCGUGAACGAUAACGGAAUGGACCACGUUACUUACGUGCUCAUCAUGUUUAGCAUCUCUUUCAUCCUGUACACGCACACACUCUUCCUCAUCAACCUCUACGCCACCUCGGGGCGCAACGCGCCCGAUACGACCGCCAAUGCAAAGGACAUUGAGCUCGAAACCCCGCGAGGGAAUGGGCGGUGGUAUUCGCGCACCGCGCACGUGGAGCGACGGAGGGAUUUGAAUGGCGAGCCGACGAGCGCGAGCGCGUUGAUGCAGGCGCACAUCAUCGGAGAAGACGACGAUGAAUGAAUCAUAGCUUGUCACAAGUCAGCGUCGGGCGCCGCGUGGCCACCGUCCACUUUGACGACCCUCGCGCCCCGACGAUCUCGUUACUGUUGUAUGUAUUUCUGGGAGCUCGGUGUGGGUGCUGCUAUCGCCUGUCACUUCGCUAGAUGUGUUCACGGAUUGUAUGGCCCGUCUUGUACAUGCUAAUACUUGCCACUUGCAUCGCGCAAAUGUUUGGAAUCACCUAAUUUUUUAUUUAUCAGACGCGUCGCUGCGUUUGCUCUGCUGUGGAUCUUC